AUAAUAUUUAUAGCAAUGGAAACUCAACUUUAUCACACACUUUUAUGUUCUUCGCCUCUUUUUAUUGCUUUGGGUUCGCAGUUCAUUUGUGAAUUGUUUCCCACAAAUAUGAGAGUGUUUGCUUUGUUCUUCUUUGCUGUCAUCGCCACCUUCCUCCUUCUGCCCAAUGCUGUUCUUUGUGACGUGAAAGAUACAGAGAUUCUAAACGCCAUCAACAAUUACAGACAAUCAAAGCACCUAUCUAAUCUUACUCAUAACAAAAAUGCAGCAUGUUUAGCAAGCAGGUUCGUUUAUAAGCUAAGAGAUGAGCCUUGUUCAAGUCCAGAUGAUUUCCACAAAGAAAUCAACUCUGAAAAUACCCUUGCAGAUUUUCUUAAGCUCUUGAAGAAGUGUCACAUAGCCUACAACUCGACCGUUGAUGGCAUCAUGCUCCCCGCUUGCGUCCCCCACCUCGAUCCCAAGUCCGUCGCCGAUAACUAUACCAAAUCCCAUGACGUCGAUUAUAUUAACAGUAAGAACUUUACGGGUGCUGGGGUCGGGACGUCUGACGAUUGGAUCGUCCUCGUUCUUAGCACCAAUACGUCGACGGGGAACUUUGCUAACGGUGGAUCUUCGUCUUUGGUUGUCGCCCGGGGUGGUUGCAUUGGUAUCAUGGUUGGUUUCUUAGGGUUGUUUGUUCUUUUGUUAUUUUGAUGAGGUGAGGGAAAAGGCUUUUGGGUUUGGGUUUAAAGCAUUG